UUUUGGCUGCAAAUACGCGCAGUCGAACCGUCCGCCACUUUUCUCGCGGCGCUUAACCAUCGAGUGGCGCCCCCUGAAGCGGACGGCGGAAGGCCGAGGAGUAGCGUGGACAAUUGGCAGUCCUCCGCCGGUCAUCCACGAGACGGGAACACCAUGAGUCAACUGCACGUCGGUGCUGGCCCUUCCAACGCCUGGGCGUGCCCUGGCGAGCACUUAGGCCCUGGCCAAGCGUCAGAGGAGGGCAGGGGUCGGGAAAGAGAACUGGAGGAAGUCUUGGCCAGGUUCAGCAGCACGUACUACGUGUCGCUGGUGGCCUCCAUCGGAAGGGCCGCCAACAGGGUCUACCUGUUCAUCGAGACCGUCAAGACCUUCAAGGUGAAGCUAGAUGCCGCACACCUGUUGACGCACCACGAGAUCUCGAAGCUGUCGACGGACUUCCGGAACCAGCUGAUGGCGUACCUGAUGCCGACGUUCGUGGACACAGACCGCAUCGAGGACAGCCAGGUGCUGCUGGCCACGGUGCUCAACGCCGGCGCCGCUGUGCCUCUCUCUGCACCGGCAGCGGCGGCAGCGAGAGCGGCGGCGGCAGCGGCCAGGCGGCGCCCGGCAACCCGCAGACCGGCGGCGGACGGCGUGCUGGGCGAGCUGCAGCGCAGCCUGCAGCACGUGGCGCGCUGGGUCAGCCUCGACCCGCACCCCUACUCGCAGCUCGGGGACAAUGAGCGAAGAGGAGAGGAAAAGAAAACCAAAACAAUUGUUAAGAUGAGGAAACCUCCACAGUGGAAAUCUUAUAAAAAGUUGGAGGAGGAUAUAGAAUCGACAGAACAGGCCACUGGUGUUGAAGCACAGCCACCAGCAGCAACAAGUGGUAAAUUCUCAAGUAGCACAGUAACCCAACCACCACCACCAUCACCAAUCACUGACUCUGGUAGUGAAUCAAGUCAACUGUCAUAUGAGACUGCAUUUGUUGAUGCUUCUGGAAAUACACCAGCCAGUGCUAAUAACAGCAAAGGUGAAGGAGCACAGGCAUGGUAUGAAACUAAAGGCAUAAGUCAAGACGAGCAGUCACCAGUAGAGUCAAAAGGCAGUGAUCCACCUAGAACCACAGACCACCACACCCCAGCUUUGGUCGUUAGUGAUGGAGUCCAAUUAGUUUCAGCCACCGCCAGUCAACCUGUUAGUAAAGAAGCAUCUGUACAUGUUGGGACCAAUGGGGAAGGAACUGAGCUAGAGCCUGUGCCCAUUGGUGCAAGUCAGGAAGGAGCAGAGGCAGUGCCAGCACCCAAGCCCAUUGGGGAAGGUACCAAGUCAGUGACAGCGCACAUUGGUGCCAGUGGGGAAGGAGCUGAGGUGGUGUCAGCACCUGCACCCAGUGGUGCCAUUGAGGAUGAAGCCAAGCCAGCGCUAUCACCUGUGUGCAUUGGGGCCAGUGCGCAUCAGGAAGAGACAGUGCCUGUACCCACGCACGUUAAAGUCAGAGGGGAAAGAGCAAAAUCAGUGCCACUUCCCAUAACCUUUGAGGCUGUUGGUGAAGGAGAUGAACCAGUGUCACUGCCCAUGUCUGUCGGGGUCAUAGGGGAAGGAGCCGAGCCAGUAACAGCACCCAUGCCCAUGAGAGCCAGUGCAGGAGGAGCGGAGCCAACUCUCAUUCCUCAUGAAGCUGGGCCGACGCGUACUUGGGUCCGUGGCGUGAUGUCGACCCUGCUGCAAGUGGUGCGGGCUGCGCGCCCGUCCGUGCCGGCCUCUGCCCCUGACAGCCCUGCAGACAGCGUAGCGGCUGGAGUGGGGCUCAGAGUACGAGCGGCGGAGGCACCUGCUGUGGCUGACGUCACGGAGGGCACCCACAGUGGACAGGGCAACGGCACCGGCAACGGCAACGGCAACGGCAAUCGCAAUGGCAGUGGAGACGGCGACGGAACUGAAAGCUCUGCCGUUUCUGCUAUAAAACCGCCGUCAGUGGGUCGGCGGCCGAUCACGCCGUACUCGACGGCGCGCGAGGUACUGGAGGAGGUGCAGCGCCAACACGGCAUCUUCCGCAGCGCGCUGCUGCGCCACGCCAACCGCCUCUGGCUGGAGGUGAGGGGCCGGCCGGAGACGGAGGCGGUGCCCGCGGCCGCGCUAGACGCCAAGGAGGCGCUGCUGAGCCGCUUCCGGGACACGCUGAGCCACGUGGACGUGGAGCUGCGCGAGGCCCAGCGCCAGAUGGAGCGCAGGGCGCAGUACGUCGCCGCGCUCGGGGACUCCGCUUGGUCUGGCCGGCGACCCUGCGUCGCUACACAGUUUGGAGGCGGUUCAGGCUUGGACCUAGCUGGAGGUCUGCACCUGCAACCGGCCUUCUCCCCUCCACCUCGGCGGGAUAGGCGGGACGCCAGCGAACACUCGUGUGGUCGGUUCUUCCGAGUGCUCUGCUCCUGCUUCAUCUGCAUCCCGCGCCGCCAGUAGCAGACCACGGCCACGAGCACGACCGCCGCCAGCCACGUCACGAUACGUCUUCUACUCUUCUCUAACACUGCACCAUUUUUUACGAAUUUUUAUCACGCGACGCAACAUUUAUAAUUAAGCAUAGUAUUUUAUUUACAUUCAAGUACAAAAAGUUUUUAGCAUUACCGCCCCACUGCAUGUAGUCAUUUGUAUGUCAGACAACACAGAGCACUUUUACUAAAUUCAACAUGAAGUGCGAUAAAUCUACUGUCGCUACACAAAGAUACCAGGAUAUUUGGUGCACAAAGGAUCUGCGAACCACAAAAAUCUCAGUACGUGGUCCAAAAACCACAAUUCAACUGUUUUAAAAUGCGAACGCAAAGGCAUGUUCCAGGACUUUGUGCCAAGAACUGAAGUUAACAUACAUUACUUUCGCUUUGUAAAUUAGCAUUGUUCACUUCUUGCGAUAUUUAGAAAACCCAGUUUUAUUAUAUCACAGAAUAUAAAGCAAUUUCAAAUUCAUUUUCUAUGACACAGCCAUAAGUAUUUCAGUUGCAAUGUAAUUACUGAAAAAUAGAAAACUAAUGAGAUUUGUCGUGUAAUCAGUGACAUAAUUAUUUUUGUACUUAAGAGCCGUUACAGCACAUGUAAAUAAUCCUUAUGGAAUUUUACUUUUACUGAUCAAAAUGAUAUAUAGGAACCCUGUUCUGCAGUGAAUGUUUGGGACUCUUUGGUGCAGAAGACACAGGACGGGUAAAGACCAGUUGUGAAAAAUUGUGUGCAUGCAUUUAGACGUACGUGCCUUGGCAAGAGCGCUUAAAUGAGGCGAUUAAACUACAUUCCAUCUAAAAACUACAGAGUAUUUACCUUGUGGCUCUGUAUAAGCAUGUGUUUUAAGACAAUAAAUCGUCUCAUUCCGAAAUUGUAA